AUGAUUGGAGUUAACGUGAUUCCGCUGCCGGCGCAGUUUACCUCGCGGUCGCCAGCUAGUAACCCCACUUCGCCCUCCAGCUUUACAGGGCCACCCUCUUUUAGAGACUCAAUAGCCACCCUUCUCACCCGGUCGCCUCGGGACGAGUGUCCCGAAUCCCCCAAACUCGGUCGCCGCGCCACAGUGCUCAGAAAGCUGGCGGGCCCACGAGAACACGCGAAGCGAUUCCUUCGCCUGCGGUCAUCGGGUGUCCCUGCACCCACGCUACGUCCGACCCCGCGUCGUAGUGUACGACCUGUUUCGGAGAUUAUCCUGCCCCGGACGGAAUCGAUCGAUUUUGAAUCUGAGAUGCGAUCCGACUCCUCCUCCGCCACUGAGGUGAUGCCUCAGGCGCUGCGGGAAGAUCCCGCCACUCCCGAUUUGACCUCCUCCUUCACCCCGUUGCACAACGAGAAGAUUGUCGCCACCGGCAGUGGGAUUUCAGUCGGUGUCGCUCUCACGGAACCCGUGCUGUAUCUGCAGGGCUAUGACCAGCAUGACCCGAGCAGUAAAAAGUCCGCCAUCCUCCGAGGACAGAUCCAUUUAAAGGUCACCAAGUGUAUCAAAAUCAAGAAGAUAUCCGUCUGCUUCCGUGGACAUGCCCAGACCGACUGGCCCGAUGGUAUCCCACCCAAGAAAAUCCAUUUCCACGACAAGAAGGAUCUCUUCACCCACGGCGUGGUCUACUUCAACCAUGGUGUCACAGCGCUCAUGCAGAAUGAGUACGGCGCACACUACUACCAGCAUGCCAAACCCAUUUCAGCCGUUCCCGGCAAGGAAGGAGUGACAAUGACCACUCGCGAGCUGUUCUCCAAUCGCAACUCGGCCACCUCACUCGCCCCGCCCACCUCGCGAGAAUCCAAGCGCUUAUCCCUGCAGUACAACCGUGGUCACUCGCGCAGCUUCAGCAAGAACGAGCCCCCAACCAACCAGAACACAACCCAGCGCAAUUACCGCAUGUUCCCGCCAGGCGACUACCUCUACAGUUUUGAGUUCCCCAUCGACGGGUCGUUACCAGAGACUAUCAAGACCGACCUUGGAUCCGUGAAGUAUGAUCUCGAAGCGAUGGUGGAACGAUCAGGCGCGUUCCGGCCCAACCUUCUUGGAACCAUGGAAAUUCCCGUGAUCCGCACUCCCGCCGAAGGUUCACUGGAACAGGUCGAACCGAUUGCCAUUUCGCGGAAUUGGGAGGACCAGCUUCAUUACGAUAUUGUCAUCUCGGGCAAGUCGUUCCCGCUGGGUUCUCAGAUCCCCAUUGCCUUCAAGUUGACGCCACUGGCCAAAGUGGAAUGUCACCGUAUCAAAGUAUAUGUGACGGAAAAUAUUCAGCAUUGGACGGCCGACAAGAGCGUCCAUCGCCUACAGCCUGCCAAGAAGGUCUUGCUGUUUGAGAAGCGAGCGGACUCUUCCAGCGUGAGCACAUAUCCCGGUAGCUCCAUGCGGGUCACCGCCGGAGGUGGCAUCGACUGGGACCAGCGCGUCGCGGCCGCCUCGGGCCAGGAGAUCGUGGACCGGAACCGGACGAAUCUGCUGGGCAACCUGUCCAACGACUCUGGUGUCGGUCCUACCGAGAUGGAGUUCAACGUGCAACUGCCAAGCUGUCACGAAAUGAAAGGUCGGGAUGAGGCCCAGCGCCUCAACUUCGACACCACAUACGAAAACAUCCAGAUCAACCACUGGAUCAAGAUUGUCCUCCGCCUGUCUAAGGUCGACGAAAGAGACCCCACCAAGCGAAGACAUUUCGAAAUCUCCAUCGACUCCCCAUUCCACAUUCUCUCCUGCAAGGCCACCCAGGCCAACAUCUACCUUCCAGCCUAUAGCCGACCCGUGGAGGAGCCAGCUCCACCAGCCCAGGAAUUCGAAUGCGGCUGUCCUGGCGCACCACUCGCUCCCCGCGAGCCCACCAUCACACCUGCCAGCUCAGACCGCGAAGAUAGCAACCCCAACCUUGCCAAGGUGGCGCGUCGCAGCUCAACCGGUCACAACUUUUCGCGCAGCUUCACCAACGGCUCGGGUGGUCUCGCCCGACCCCCACAGGCACACCUUGCAACACACAACGACCGCGCCACACCCAAUCCACCCCGUCCUAUGCAUCUGCUCCGCGCCCCUUCAUAUGCUCCCCCCGCCUUUGAAGACGUGCCGCCCGCACCACCUCUCAUGACCCCACCUCCUGAAUACGCAACCAUCGUCGGUAGUGACCGCGAGGCCGUCCUGGAGGAUUACUUCUCCAGACUCUCAUUCUAUGAAGAGAAUGAAGAUGACGACCGGGGUCGAGGUCGUGUCGAUGUUCCCCUCACCCCUGGCGGUCGUAUCAACCGCAGCAUGGACGUUCCCCGCGAAUGGGUGCGGAUCGAGGACUACUUCCAAUAA